AUGUUGUUCCCCUUCGAGCUCUCCGAGGCGUUUUCUCUUUGCGCACAGCUAUUGCUGUUGCUGUUCCUGAUCAUGAUGAUCCAUGUUGGUGAUGAAGGCCGAGCUGUCGUGUGGCACGCACUUUGGUGUUGCUUCUGGUGCUCGUGCGUCGUCCUUGUUCUUGGCACAAUUUGUUUCGUGUGGUGGUGUUUCAACCCUGCUGGUGCCCGAAGUGGUGUCUCCUUUGUGGCCUGGAUGCAACAGGGUUACCAUCAGCGUUGUCGUGCUUCUUUGGUGUCCUCUUCUGUGGCCUUAGUGCCUUCCUCUUCUUUGCCUUCUGUGCCUCAAGAGCCAGUUGUGCCUUCUGUUGCCAAUGUGCCUUGUGCCAUUGUGCCCGUCGUCUGUGCCCAUGUGCCAGCUCCCGCCAUUGUGCCUCGCGCCAAUGUGCUUACUAUGCCUUCUGUGCCACAAGAGCCAGUUGUGCCCGCUUCUCUUGCCAAUGUGCCUAGUGCCAUUGUGCCUGCUCCUGCCAAUGUGCCUCGUGCCAUUGUGCCUCAUUCUGCCAAUGUGCCUAGUGCCAUUGUGCCUGCUCCUGCCAAUGUGCCUCGUGCCAUUGUGCCUGCUUUCGCCAAUGUGCCUCACGCCAUUGUGCCCGCUCCUCUUCCUGUUGUUGCUGUGCCUGUUCCUGUUGCCACCACCACCGAUGCCGAUGUCGAUCACCUUUGUGCGGCAUUCGAGUCCCUUUCCUUGGUGGAUGUGGGUGAGCUCGUGCCCAUCUUCGAGGCAAUGACAGUGUUUGACCAGUAUGAUGAAGACGCAUACAUGCGACCCCCCGUGGAUGUUCCAUACCAGGAGCCAUUAUGGCUCGCUGAGAUCCCUUUGAGUGAUUUUAUGGACAUCACGGAUGAUAUGGAUGCUUCUUUUUCUCCUCUUCCUUCGCCUCUUCUUCCUCCUCCUUCUUCCGCUUUUGGUGCCCCUGUUGGUGAAUCCAUGGAUAUCAUUGAUGACAUGGAUCUUUCUUUCUCUCCUCUUCCUUCGCCACUCCUUACUGCUCUUCCUUUCGCUGCUGGUGUCCCUGUUGUUGCAUCACCUGAACCUGUUCCCAUGUCACUUGAUUCCGCUUCUGCUAUCAUUCCUCUUUUGCCCGCACAUAUGCCAUCACCUGAACUUAUGCCACCACCAUCACCGCCACAUCCUCAAGCUUCUCCUGUCACCUCCGUCUCCUCCUCAUCAUCAUCAUCGUCAUCAUCAUCAUCAUCAUCAUUAUCAUCAUCAUCGUCAUCAUCAUCGUCAUCAUCGUCCGCUUCACCAUCACCAUCACCAUCACGUUCAUUAGCACCCUCACCACCAUCACGACUACGAUCACCUUCACCACCAUCACCAUCACGACAACGAUCACCACCACCCUCGCCAUCAUUAUCGUUGUCAUCAGGGGUGUCGUCCUUGGCACCAUCGGUAUCAUCAUCGGCAUCCACUGUUCUUUACAACGUGGAUGACGAUGAUGAUGACUGA